GGUGAAGGCAUGUCUCCUCCCAAGGAAAAGGCCCUCACCACCGACUCUGAGAGGAGAGACCGCGUCGUGCGCGAGAUUUACGACACAGAGAAGAGCUACGUCGCAAGCUUGGAUCUUCUCGUCAAGUAUUACCUCAAGCCCAUGCGACAGCAGAACAUCGUGCCCAAGCCCAAGGUGGCCUUCAUUUUUGGCAACGUCGAGCACAUCCUCAUCAUCAACAGGGAGUUGCUAGAGACGUUGGAGAAGAGGAUUGCGACAUGGAACGAGGAUUCCGUGCUGGGCGAUGCCAUGAACAAGCUGGCAUGUCCCCUCCUUUUCUCUUCUCUCAUUAUUCCAUGGCUGCGCCUGUACAGCGAGUACUGUUCCAACUUCCACAACGUGACGGCCCUCGUGCUCAAACUCUCGGAGAAGUCAUCAUUUGCCGAAUUCCUGAACAAACAAAAAGACACGAACAAUAUUUUGGAUCUGCCCUCGCUGCUCAUCAUGCCCAUCCAGCGCAUCCCCCGAUACAAGAUGCUUCUCGAGCAAGUGGUCAAGUUCACACCAGAGACGCACCACGACUACAAGGCCCUUACAAACGCUCUUGAGAGGGUGAGCGAAGUCGCGUUGCUGGUGAACGAGAGCGUGCGCAAGAAGCAGAACCUGGAGCAGCUGGCCGAGUUGGAAAAGCGCCUCAUGGGCAAGUACCCAAAAAAUAUGACACAGGCCGGCCGAGUGCUGAUUCACGAGGGCGAGUUGACCAAGCUCUGCCGCAAGGUCCCCAAGAAGCGUUACUUUUUCCUGUUCAACGAUCUGCUGCUGUACGGAGUGGCGAAUCCGCUGAACAGGACGUACAUCAUCCACCGCACCAUCUCGCUGCUGGCAGGCCGCAUCAUCCCCGUCGACGACAGCGACAAGGUCAAAAACGGGUUCAAGAUCAUCAGCAAAGAGAAAUCAUUUUUGGUAUGGGCCGAUACGCCCGAGGAGAAGUUGAGCUGGACGGCCAAGAUCGAAGCUGCAAAGGAGAGUUUGAAGCAGAACCCACACACCACCGGCGGAGAGGGAUACGAGGAAUACGAGGCGCCCAUUUGGCAGAACGACGAAGAGAGCAACACGUGCACGCUGUGCCAAAUCCACUUCACCACGCUCAGGAGGAAGGUGCGUUCCGCGUGCGAACCUUCGCUGCACGCGUGUACCGAAGCGUAUUUGCUGACGAGUCUAUAUUCGCGGAUGGCGCGGUGCAGCAUCACUGCCGUAAGUGUGGCCGCCUGGCUUGCGGGAAGUGCACCGAGCACAGAUAUGAGCUGCCCAACAUCGGCAAGGAGCGUGUCUGCGAUGACUGCUUUGCCGAUCUCUCCGGCCAACCUUCCAAGAGGAAAACGCUCCGCGACAAGAUGA